AUUUGAAUUGCCGGAAACGCAAAAAACAAUCUGUAUCAGAACACUUUCAUAUCUCUCGUGUUGAGUUGUGUUUUAGUCCACGACAUAACAUCGGCCUAAUUGCUGGUGCGUGUAUCUAUUAAAUGGUUCAAAAGAAAAAAUUGUGUGUUUUUUCAAGUGACAAGUUGAGUUGUUUCUUCGUCUCACCUUCAACUUUGAUCUGUUUCUUGAAACAACUUGUUCAAUUUUGCAAUUGGAAAAUGAUUUAAAUAAGUAUCUGUUGGAUUGAUACCUAGUUGAAAUUAGUCAGCGUCUCUGUCUCCAAAAUUCUUUUUCGUUUUGGGGAAUUUGGUUGAAGAAUGAUCAGUCAUGGGAAAGAUAAGGAAUUGUUGAAGGCCCAAGUGAGAUCUCUAGCGGCAUGGGUCAACAACACGUUAGGGUCUACUCUUGUAAGUGCAGAAAACUUAAUUCACAAACUUUCAACUGGAGUUAUUUUAUGCAAACUAGCAAAGUGUAUCCAGAAGAAAGUUGACGAAGCAAGUGACUUCCCUGAUAAAUUGGAGUGUCAUAUGCAUCUGAAGUAUUGGGAGCGAGCCAAGAAAGAAACUUUUUUUGCCAGAGACAAUGCCGAGAUGUUUAUCCGAUGGUGCAAAAGUUUUGGAGUCAGAGACGCUGUUCUCUUUGAAUCAGACGGACUUGUUCUGCAAAGACAACCUCGAAACGUAGUUUUAUGUCUUCUGGAAUUGGCGAGCUUGGCUUCCAAGUACGGGGUCCUCCUUCCUCCACCAAUUCAGCUUACGAAACAGUCUGCCAAAAUUAUUCAGGAUGAGAUGUCAGAUUGCUCUGAUGAAGACAUCUACUUCACUUCCUCCAUACCUUCACCAACAAAGUUCCAGCGAGUGGAUUCAGGAUGUUCCAGUGGACUAAGAAGUCCCUCGCCCAUAUCCACCUAUUCCAAAACUUCAUCUCCAAUCUCUUCCAUGAAACGAAGUGGCAUCCCCCUACGCAAGACAGACAAGAACGUAUUCGUCACCAUCAACACUCGCUAUUGCAAUCGCCUUCCGGAGAGCACAAGUGAAACCAGACAGUUUUCGUCACGGACUUCGUCUCCAGUGAUGAGACGAAGUGCCUCGUUGGCGAGAACUGAUACCAUCAGCAGUCGAAUGAGAACAAGUUGCACAUUGAAUCGUAGUUCUUCAUCUCUUGCAUCGUCUAAGAGUUUGCAAGAGAAAAUUGUAAAGAAAUUUUUUGAUGAACAUUUGUCGGAAAGAGAAAAGAUAUCGAUUUUGGACAAAAGGAUAAUGGAAGUUGCUCGUCAGUACCAUAAAGAAGAAAGCAAGAUUCGUCGAUUAUCUGAAGGCCGUUAUAGUAUCAGUGGAAAAAACGUGCAUCUAAGGAUUGUUCGAGGCAAUAAUGUCGUUGUACGCCUGGGAGGAGGAUGGGAUACUUUGGAACAUUUCCUUUCGAAUCUAGAUUUCGACAAAGCUCCAUGUGAUAUUUGUUCACGCACAAGGACUUACGAUGGGAAGAAGAGAGUAACAUGCAUUAAAAGAACCUAUCCUGUAGCCACACUCUAAUAUUUUCUUUUAAUUAUUAUAACACAGAAUAUUAAACACUUGAAUGCAUUAAAUAAAGCUCUUACCGGAUA